UCACGUUGGCAGCAGCCAAGGAGAGGGGCCGGCUCCGCCAAGACACAACAGGGAGGGGAUAAGCCAGCAUCCCCCACCCCCUCCGGACACGGAGCAGGGGAGGAGAGCAAGUAUCCCCCACCCCUGCGCAGGGCGGAGGAGAGCGCGUCCCGCGCCCGGCGCCUCCUGCACCGACGCAUCUCCAGAGCGGUGCACGAGAAUGCAGGUCCACAGGGACGCACACGCGGGGCUCCUGCUGCCGUGGGGCUGGGUGACUAUCUGCCUGAUGAGUCUGCUGAAUAUAAACAGCUUGACCUCUGUUGCCACAGAAACUACUGUCCCAAGAAUAUCUCCAUCAGUUCCUACAAAUGAGUCCAAUGAGGAAACUACCACACUUAGCAUCUCUGGAAAUACCAGCUCCCACUUCCUCUCUCAGGAAGGCAAUGGGACCACACCAGCCAUCUCAGAGACAACAGUCAACUUUACUGCUACUUCUGGGAUUCCUUCAGGCUCUGGAACCACACCAGCUUUUGUGCAAUCACAGACGUCCCCAACCAUCACACUGCCCACCACUUCAGACAAUGCUUCCACUUCAGAGAUGACCUUGACGUCCAGCAUGCCAUCUGUAAAUGUUUCUGAUUACUCACCUACUAAUAUCAGUUCUGAGAUGAUAUCAACCACUGAAUCCUAUGCAUACACAUCAUCUUCUACUGUACCAAUUACUAUCAAGGAUUCUUACCUGAGACUCUGGAUGAGGUUCAAGUUUACGAGUAAUUUCAUCUCUUGCUUUUUCUUUUUGUCUUUCCAGGAUGAAUUUAAGAAGGAAAAAGGAGAGGGCCUAGCCCAAAUACUGUGUGAGAAGGAGGAGGCUGAGGCUGCUGCUGCUGCUGCUAGUGUCUGCUCCUUGCUUCUAGCCCAGUCUGAGGUUAGGCCCGAGUGUUUGCUGAUGGUCUUGGCCAAUAGCACAGAACUUUCCAGCAAACUCCAGCUUAUGGAAAAGCACCAGUCUGACUUGAGAAAGCUGGGGAUCCAAGGCUUCAAUAAACAAGAUAUUGGGAGUCACCAGAGCUAUUCCCGAAAGACUCUGAUUGCACUGGUCACCUCGGGAGUGCUGCUGGCCAUCUUGGGCACCACUGGCUAUUUCCUGAUGAAUCGCCGCAGUUGGAGCCCCACAGGAGAAAGGCUGGGUGAAGACCCUUAUUACACGGAGAAUGGUGGAGGCCAGGGCUAUAGCUCAGGACCCGGGGCCUCCCCUGAGACUCAGGGAAAGGCCAGUGUGACCCGAGGGGCUCAGGAGAACGGGACCGGCCAGGCCACUUCCAGAAACGGCCAUUCAGCAAGACAACAUGUGGUGGCUGACACAGAACUGUGACUUGGCUGGGUGGGCAAAACUGGGUGGUAUCCAGGAAAGUGGCAUCUCUGCCUCUGACCUCAUGCUGCCUCCAGCUCAUGUCCUACCUUUUCACAUCACACACAUUUUAGAGACUGUUCCCAGGACAUUUCACCUUUGUGGAGACAGAUAAACUGCCUUCUGAACGUUCAGCUCCCUGAACCCAAACUCUGACCUUUGGGUCAAGUUGUGAUGGAAAGAAGCCUAGGUCUAGAGGAGCUGCCAAGAAGAUUGGUGGCUAUGCAGCACUUGCCUGGGGUCUUCUCUUCCUCUUCUCUUGCCUCUUUACAGUGACUCUUGGGAAGACUAGUUUUUCUAAGCUAUACCUUCCUCCCAAGAAACUUUGCUUUUUACUGUUUCUUCUUUCUAUUUUCUUCCCCUUGCUUUAGGGAAACCAAGGUAUUCACUGACAUCUGCACCCUUAUAAGUAUACAGCCAGAAACAGUACAUCUCUUAUAACUCUUCAAGACACUGUGGAUUUAGUCACCGACUUCUAUCUUGGUCGCAUGUUCCCGAAUAUCCGUCUACAGAGGCCAGGACAACUUUCUGUCUGGUUCCUGAUACUGGGCUCCAUGCUUUCAAGCAACAGCUCACCUAGUCUAUUGGGGCCUCACAGAAAUUCCCAUUGGUUCAAUGUAGACAGGACAGUGGAACUAGACUUUGAACUGAGCCUCUUUUUUUUUUUUUAAUUUAGUUUUGUUGUUAGGAUUGAUCCCAGAACUUCACACAUCACAGUCAAGUGCUCUACCAUUGAGCUAUUCCCUCUUCUUAUUUAGAGGCAAGGUUUUAUGUAGGUGACCAGGCUUGCCUUUAAUUAUGCAUUCAGGCAGGCCUUAAACUUAAACUCUUGCUUUAGGCUUCCAAGUAGCUUGAAUUACAGGUCUGAAUUACCAGGCUCAGUUGAGCGCUUCAUAACCUCCUGGGCUCUUCAGAAGAACCCUCUUGCUGUGAGGCUCCUAACCUCCUAUAACUCUAAGACUCUCCCCACCCUCUGACUCCUGGGGGAGCUGUGGCCUCAGUCCCCUGGUAGACUCCUUUUUGUCUGUGCCUUUCCUAGCUCAACCCCCUUCAAGACUACAAUCUUCCUCUCCUGGGUCUUACCCAGGACCCCUUCUCUAAUUUUUCCAGGGGGUGGGGGAAGAACAGGGAUCCUGAUUUCAAUGAGACUGGAAACAGAACUUUCCAGAGAUGAGAAGAUUGGGUGAAUUUUUUUCUGAAUAAACAGUGAUGAGUGAGAAUAAUAUAAUUAAAGUGAUGAUAAAAUCUGUGCUGUGGCCUAUCAUGCUGAGUGUGCUAAGUGACAGGGUGGCUUCCAUUUCAGGCCUGGGGAAACUGUGUGGCAAUAUGGGGGAGGUCAACCAAGGAGGAGCUCUGCAUAGGGAGGGACUCAG